AACGCAAAAAUUAUAAACUGUUUUCGGUGAAUACCUUACGGAAAUAAUUAGUGAGGAAACGGGCAACAACAACAACAAAAACAGUAACAACAAUUACAAAAUCUAAAACAAGACAAAUAUCCUAAAUAAAACGGAACGGGAAAAAUUUCCCAAAACGCAUUCGAAAUUGUAAAUUGAACUUUUAUUGAACAACAUUGGCAAUUGGUGUCAAGCGCGGCCUAGAAAAAGAAAUAAAAUGAAAUAAAACUCCCCGAAUAUACAAAUUCCGAGCACGUUGCAGACAACAUUACGCAAACAACAACUAAAGCAACAGAAGCAACAGCGACAACAUUUGAACAGCUGACUUUCGUUCAAUGAACGGCUAGUUAAAGAGGCAAAAGUUACACAAAUGCAGACAAAGCUCCCCGCUUCCAUUUCCAUUCCCAUUCCAAUUUGACUUUUCAAUGUAAGUGCAUCUCGAGGGAGAGGAGAGCUUUUCCAACUGAACUUGAAAGUGAAAGUGAAAGAGAGAAAGAGAAGCAGCUGCGGCGAGAGAUAUAGCACGAUCAAGAGAGAGACUUGAACGAAGCGCUUAGAGUUUAGAGCGGCGAUUAGAGAGUAAGAGACUGGCAGCAGAAGCUUGCUACCGGAAUAAGAGAGUCGAAAAAGAAAGACAGCAGAAGCUGCCGAAUAAGAGAGUAGCAGUCGCAGUAGCUUUUGCUGGAGUGCCAACGACAUCUCAGAGCAUCAGCCAAGGUCAUUCGAUCAACAUGAGCAAUCCCCAGGAGACCGAGCACGCGUACGCGGUGAAGGCGCCCCAUGCCGGCGAGGAGGGGCACAUUUUCGUUGUAAGUCCCGUGCCAGCAUCAGCGCCAAUGCCAGCACCAAUUCCAUUGCCAGCUGUUCCCAUUCUGACAGCUGUGCCCGUGAUGAGGCCCCGCGAUCCGCCAGCCGAGGUGAGGCGGAGGGAUGACGAAGAUGAACAACCUUGCUGCAGCUCCCAGGCGAUAGUGCCACUCUCCUCAUCGCUGCCUUCGAAGCUGCUGCGUUUCCACGCCAAACGUUCGGCCCAGGCGCUGCUACGCCAGAUGGAAUCGCUGGACUCCCAGCUGGGCAGCAGUGGGGGAAGUUUUUCGGAGGACACCUCGCCCAGUGCCCCGCCAAUGUCGCCGCCAAACGGCGACCAACUGCUCGUGGAUGUGGGCAUGGGCUCCUCCAUUGGUGACUCCGAGGAAUCGGAGGAGGACGAUGAGCUGAAGCCCCUGGCUGUAGACAACCACAUCAUGCACGAGGUGGAUCUGUCCGAGCGGCAAACAACACCUCCGGCCGUUCUCAGCGAGGCUAAUCUCGAGAAGUUCCGCAAGCACCAGAUGGACAACAUCUACCUCCAUCCGAACUUUACCAUGGACACUUCUCCGCCACCCGCUGUGGCCCCCGCCAACUCCCCCGUGCCAGAGCCUCGCAGGGAGCACCGCUCGUUUCUCUCCAUGAAGAAGGACAAGGAGGUGGAGGAGAGAGUGGUGGAGAAGGUAAUGGAGCCGGUGGAGGCGACAUCUCAACUGCCCAACGAAAUUGACAACAUGGAUCCUUCUCUUAUUCCGAGCGAGGAGUUGGCCGCAGAGAUCACCGACGCCGUGGAGUUCUACUUCUCCAACGAGAGCAUCCUCAAGGAUGCCUUCCUGCUGAAGCACGUGAGGCGCAACAAGGAGGGAUACGUGAGCCUGAAACUGGUUUCUAGCUUUAAGCGUGUCCGCCAGCUGACCCGCGAAUGGAAGACCGUUGGGGAUGCUGUGCGUCGCAAGUCCAGGAAGAUCGAGCUGAACGACCAGGGAACAAAGGUGCGACGCAUCGACGCUCUGCCCAGCUUCGACGAGACGAUGCCCUCGCGCACCAUCGUGGCCUGCGAUCUGCCUAUGGACAAGCUAACAAUCGAAAAGGUCUCCGAUUUGUUCUCCAGAUGCGGCGAGAUCGCCCUGAUCCGCAUCCUCAAGCCAGGGAUGGCCAUACCUGUGGAUGUGCGUCAGUUCAUGAACAAGUAUCCGGAGCUGCAGCAGAAGGAGUGCGCACUGGUGGAGUAUCUAGAGUCCUCCUCCGCCCGCGACGCUCGCCACCUGAGCGGUCCCUUCCAGGUCUACGAAAUGGUGGCCCCCAAGAAGAAGACGGGCAAGAAGGCGGCUGUCAUCCAGGUCGCCGCACCCGUGGCCCGCAUGGUGGAGAACUACCGCUACUACAACGAUGCCAGCUACGAAAGGUCCCGCGGCGGCAGCUUCUCCGGCCACGAGACCGUGCCAGACCUGCGAUUCAAGCUCAAGCGCAACAACUCGGAUUUCCAGCAGAGUUUCUACCAGGCGGCAGCCCCACACUUCCACGGCGGCCACGGAAAUCCCUAUCAGCACUACCAGCCCAGGGGCAGCAUCGGGAACCAGGAGAGCGCUCCGGCUGGUUUUUUCUCCUAUGCACCCAGACGGUACAGCAAUACGUCGACCAUCUCAGCCAACACGGCGGCUGCCUUGGGCGAUGCCUUGCCCUCGCCCUCUGCUGUCGUCGGACCACCCAGUGUCAGUAACCCGGUGUCCAGCAUGAGCAGCCUGCAGCGCCGCCUGUCCAACUGCUCGGAUCAGAACUACAGCGCGGAGGCGAAUGCCCCACUGUCCCGCAGGACCAGCAACUGUUCGGAGACGGGUGCUCCUCAGCGGCGGGACUCCAACUGCUCGGACAGCUGUCCCUGCUCGAGGAGAGUCUCGGACUUCGGACAGGCGGACACGGCAUACCGCAAGACCUCCGUCUGUUCGAAUGGCAGCUGCCAGGGCAACAGCGGGGAGCGUCGCUUCUCAAACGGAUCUAUGCAGUUCGAGCGCACCUUCUCGAACGCCAGCGAGAACAAUGGGUUCUAUCGUCGUCCCUCCAACGACUUCAACCUAGAGCGCGAGCCGAUCCCCACCGAUCAGAUGGUGGGUGGAGGAGGAGGCGGCUACCAGGUGUGGCCCCGCCGCUACUCAAACAAUUUCCAGCAGCUGAGCAACAAGCUGGCGGCCUACGACAAUGCUCAGUACAUUGGAGGACGUCGCAUAUCCACGGACUCUGGCUACGAUCGCCGCUACUCCUUUGGAUCGGAGUUUGAGGGAUCGCCACGGUCUCGCACUGGCAGCUUCCUGAGCAAUUACAAACAUGGGGGUGUCGAUGUAUACGACGGCCAACCGCGAUCUCGCACUGGCAGUUUUCUGGACGGAUCACCACGCUCCAGGUCCGGAUCCUUUGCACAGCGGGCUGCUGAGAGCCUCGUCCGCACUCCCAUAGGUCCGGAUGGGAGCAAGGGGUUCGGACAGCGGGCUAGAAAGUUCGGCCAGGACGUGUCCCCCGUUAACUAGAACACACGGCUGAGUGGGGGGAAUUGUUGAUUACUUUUAGUGGGAACUCUUUGUCUACUACUCGUACUCGUACUAGAUUGUGAAAUUAAUGGCUGUACACUGUGAUGCUGUCCACCCUGUAAUAUGUAUGUACUAUAUAUCCCACUCACACGAUCCGAUUCCGUUCCGUUCCGUUCCGAACCACGCCCCCAGUCCAUAGCCCAACUUAGGAUAGUAAUCGAAUUUGUAGUUCAUAAGUUUACCUUCAAAGUUCAUGGGGUCUUGGGGUAGUUAAUGUGGAGUUCUCUUGCUCAAGAUCAAAUCUAUAAUCCAUAUAUAUCAUUCUUCUACGCAACGCUGCCAAUACUUUAAGAUCAGAGGAACGAUUCUUGGUUAUUAUAAGGGUUCUUAAUGCAUUACUAAGUUGAGUUGAUAGCUAGU